AUGCAUUUUCAAAGCAAGUCACUAUACGGAGGAGCCAUUACGGUUGAUUUACCAGAAGGGUUGAUUGAUGCAUCAACGUUCCGUCAAAUCCCGGAUACUCAAGAGGUGUAUGUAUGCCAUGACUCGAAAGUUUUGAGCAAGAACGAUGCCAUUAUCAUCGAUCUAAUGGAAAGAGUUGAUUGUAGCGAUGAUAGUGCGAUUGACUCUCAUCUUAGGGAAGUCUGCAAAUUGAAUGACGCUGAUCAGAAUGACAGCAUUAUUUUAGAGCAAGAUAGGAAUGCCCAUGCCAGGAAUUUCCCGGAGGAUUAUUGUGGAUGGAUUGUUUCCGGGGAACAGGCAAAGAAAUGGGGACGGGAUGAGACGCCAUUAGUUUUAAUUUUGGCACUUAUAAGACUUAAGAAUGUGGGAACAGACCUACUAGUGAGCUACAACAUCCCAUUCGAUGAAAAGAGCGAGAUUGAAGACCUUAAGGAGGUUUUGAGCGGAGAAAGUUUGGCAGGAAAUCUAGCUCUCAGGAGAAUCAAUGUGGCGAAAGAGGUCGUAAUCAGGAUCCUGGACACCCUUAAGGUGCAAGACUGGAAGCUAUUUAAGAACUAG